AUCAAACUGAUGUAAAAAUGCGCUCAUAAAAGCUUGCGAGUUUUCAAUGAAUGUCAAGAAGUAUUUUUGCCAGACAUCAUGUGAUGGAUAGAAUUUCUUUAACAUUGAUUUCAUGAUCUAUUUCAAAGUGAAUUGCUCUGUAGGCAGACAAUGCUUUAUAAGCUCAAGUAAUGAACAGGCGAUCCAGCAGUGUGACUGAGGGUCAAAUUCACGUAAACCCUCGCCGGUCCAACACGCCCGUCAAUCGCUCUGGGAGUCAACUCAGUGCUCCUGACACUAGUGUGUAUGAGACAGUAACCAACGGUAACCAAUCCGAGACCCUGAUGUUCAACUCUCGGGAACCUACGCCCAUCAGUUAUGGCACUCUUCCAGACAGGACACCUGAUACAUUGAAUGACAGAAGUCACACGUCUCUGACGGACGUUGAUGAUGAUGAUGAAGAGGAUAAUGAUACAAGUCCACUCAUCAGUUACGAUAAAAUAAGAAAGAUGGGCAAGAAAAAAAUCUUCAAGCAGGUCAAGAUCCUUGUGCUACUGGCCAUCACAAUCGUAGCUGCAAUGUUUAUCAUGGUGAAUGAGGAGGUUGAGCAUACUAGUGGUGAGGAGUGGAACCAGACUACCAUUCAAUAUAACCACUCAAAGAUGGUCAGGAUACCAGACACAGACCAUUCAAAGAUGCAGAGCCUGGUCUUGAGGGGCCCAUUUGAUCUGUCGACAAACGAAACCAGUCAAGAAGAAGAUCUCAUCAUUGUGGAGAUACAAAACAACACCAAACUGACAACCCUGGCGCUAAACUACACCAUGUUGAAGAUGGAACUCAGCAAUACAGUCUCCACCAACAUCUCGGAUAACAAGAACAUCUCAUUCAAUGACAGUGAUACUGUAACCUUGAAAAUCCACUGGGUUUUGGGGAAUGAGAGUUUGUCGAAAGCUCAGUUUUUGCAGGCUGAGAAUGAGCAAUGUUACCCCAUAGACUUUAGCUACAAGUUCAACCGUGAUACUCGGGCCAAGGAGAUUUGGGCUCUUGUGGUGCUCCUCUUUGUCUACGGGCUUAUCAUUUUUGAUCUGGUCCACAGAACAUUGGCAGCCAUUUUAGGAUCAACAGUGGCUAUAGCAAUCUUGGCGCAAUAUGGAAUGCGCCCUACCUUGGAAACAAUUAUUUCAUGGCUAGAUGUUGAGACCCUCUCUCUACUUUUCGGUAUGAUGAUUAUUGUUGCCAUCUUCUCGGAAACUGGCUUCUUCGACUUCUGUGCCUUGCAGGCUUACAAGCUAGCGAAGGGUCAAGUUUGGCCCCUGAUUACACUGUUGUGUGCCUUCAGUGCCAUUGUGUCAGCUUUCCUGGACAACGUUACAACCAUACUUCUGCUUACUCCAGUUACAAUUAGACUGUGUGAGGUGUUGAACCUUGACCCAAAGAAGAUCUUGAUCGCUGAGGUGCUGUUUUCUAACAUUGGGGGUUCGGCAACAGCAAUAGGGGACCCUCCAAAUGUCAUCAUUGUCUCACAUAAAGAUGUCAAAAACAGUCCAGAGGGAAUCCACUUUGCAACAUUUUCCGGUCAUAUGACUGUAGGGAUUGUGUUUGUGUCAAUAGUCAGCUACGGUCUGCUCAGAUUCAUCUACCGAAACAUGCAAGACCUUGAGAACAAGGAUUCCAUUGAAGUAGCAGAGCUGCGACAUGAAAUAGAGAUGUGGAGGCGUGCAGCCAUGCGGAUCGUUGCGAUAUCUCGGGAAGAAAAGAUAAUGCAGGCAAUCUUCCUGCAGAGAGUUGCGGAACUUGAGAACCAGCAAGUGAAGGCCUUGUACAAGAUAAAGAGGAAAAAGCAUAAAAACUUCAAAGAGAUGACAGCAGAGCUAGAGAAAAAGUACAAGAUCACCAACUUUGUGCUGCUGUUCAAGAGUGGUCUGGUCCUGUUCCUUGUCAUUCUUCUCUUCUUUAUCUACUCCUUCAUAAGUGGCCUCUACAUUGGACUUGGCUGGAUAGCCAUCCUGGGAGCCAUAAUGUUGAUGGUUCUGGCGGACAUGCAGGAGUUGGAGACCAUCUUACACAAGGUUGAGUGGUCCACACUGAUCUUCUUUGCAGCUCUCUUCUCACUGAUGGAGGCCUUGAAUGAGCUUGGUUUGAUACGAUGGAUCGGUGACGGGGUACAGAAUGUGAUAUCGGGGGUGGAGCCAGACAACAGGCUCCUUGUGGCUCUGCUGCUCAUUAUCUGGGUGUCUGCAAUAGCCUCCAGCUUUAUUGACAACAUUCCAUUUACCACAGCAAUGAUCCCAAUCCUGAUACAACUCAAUAAAGAGGCUGAGCUACCUCUACUUCCGCUUGUCCUGGCUCUAGCUUUCGGGGCUUGUCUCGGAGGUAAUGGAACCCUGAUAGGAGCAUCAGCCAAUGUGGUGUCUGCGGGAAUAGCGGAACAGCACGGUUAUGGCUUCAGUUUUGGCGACUUCUUUAGAGUUGGAUUUCCUAUGAUGAUAGUGACCAACAUUGUUGCGACUGUGUAUCUACUGAUAUGCCAUGUGGCUUUUAAAUGGCAUGAUGAUGUGCAACAAAGUUAAUGUGACAAAUGACAAAUCUUUGUGUUCUGAUAGAUGUGACAUCAGCUACCUUAAAUGGCCACAACAGUAUGUUCUGUAGUAUGUUACGCAUUAUGUUCUACAUUAUGUUAUGUAGUACCUUUUACAUUAUAUUCUAAACUAUGUUAUGUAGUAUGUUAUGCAGUUUGUUUAACAUAAUGUUAUGAAGUAUGUUAUGCAGUUUGUUCUGUAAUGUUCUGCAAUAUGUUUUGCAGUAGUUGUGUGGUAAGUUCUACAUUAUGUUAUGUAUUAAGUUCUGCAGGAUGUUCUGCAGUUUGUUCUAAAGUAUGAUCAUUUAAUGUAUGGAUGGGAAAAUUAUUGUCAUUAUUAACUUGACCCACAGUUAGGGCCUAUUCAUGUUAAGAUCUUCGUUGUAAAGUGAAACAAACUGCAAGUGCUCGAAUUUUCUUAUUUUGCUAUGUACUUGGAACUGAACUUAAGAAACCAGUUUUUUAGUUGUAAAGAAUAACUCGAGAUAAUAAAAAACAAACUUGCUGCCGUCUGUGGCAUUCCUACAGAUUUAAGAUUUAAGUAGUUAGGACGAAUAUUCUUAAAAGGCAAGCCGCAAGAACAUCUUAUAACAGCAGAGCACAUGGCAGACAGUUUCUUGACUAGUUUCUUGGUUCUGCCUUUUUUAGUGAAAACAUGCUCAUUAUUCACAAAGUUAAUUAUAAAUCCCAUAAAGUUAUAAUCAAAUUUAUUUAUUUGCAUUUAUCAUCCAGGCCAUUGCACUUGCUUAUAUUUAUAGUUCUUCUGUACAAAGGUAAAACAUUGGAAAUUUACUUCAAAUUAAACUCAGAAAAAUACAAAUUUCCACUCUGUAAAAAAUUGUACCAAAGUUGCUCCCUGCAAGUAAAAAUUAUUACAGGCUGGAAUUAGCCAAAAAAAAUCAUUAACAACAGGGGAAAUAUUUACCUUUGCAUACUGCUUGCCAAACACUCUGUAUUAUGUAAAAAAAUGUUUUGAUUUAUUAUAUUAGCAAUUAAUGAUUUGUACCAAAUCUAUUUUUCAUAUUACUUAGUUGUAAUGCUAUGUUAAAAUGUAACUUUUAAUGUUUGUUUUUUUACAAUGAGAGAAUUAAUGUACAAGUUUAUUUUAAUUUUGUGCAAUAUUUUCUCAUAUAUUGCUUUGUGUUAUUUUAUAUUAUUGUUACCUUUUUUGUAUCAAAUUAUCAAUAUUGCAAUAUAACUAUUUUUUAUUUAAUUUUUUCAUUCAUUAUAACAUUAUUAACAUCUAUGUAAAACAUGCUUAUUACUGUCAUGUCUUAUUGAAAGAGCAUGAUAAUAUAUACCGUAAUAUGUUUAGUGGCUAUGAUUAAACUGUGGCUCUCCAGCCAAAUAUUUAUUUCACUGUUAGACAUAUUUGACUUUUAUUAAUGCAAUAAACAUGUACAAACUAUC